GACUGUUUAAUGGAGAGUGCAGAGAUGUAUGGAGAUGUGACAGGGUGUGUGGAUGUCAUUGUGUGCCAGGAACAACUCAUCUUACAAGACUAUCUGGACUCCUUUGUAAAUAGUGCAGACAGCACGUUCGGCUGUUUGUUGGUGUCAGGGAAAGUCGCUGUGGCAACGACAAAAUGGUGGGACCUGACGGGCCAGGAGAUGUACCUGUUGUCGUUGUUAGCCAGAGUUUUACCUCCAGGGUCUUCCAAGGACAUCCCUGUUUACCUUCCCCACGGGAGCCCAAAUGUGCCACACAGGUUGUUAAAUUUCCAGCUCAUCCAGGGAGUGGAGGUGUGUGUCCUGUGUGGUCCCACACCCUCCCUCACUGAAGUGGAGACAGAGUUGCUUGACAGAUACUGGAGACCAGCCAUGGAGCCUUUGAGAGCAUGUCUCAGAAUACAUCUGAGAGGGUUUCCCAGUAAUAUCACUGUACAUAUAGGAGUCUUAGGGUUGAUUAUUAUAAAUGUGGAGCUUCACAAGUGUUUGGGGACUGUCCAUCCCUUAUCUUCAGAAGAAAGCCAAAAGCAAGGAAAGAGCCUGAGCAUAGCCAGAAGAAGAGACAUCCUCCGCUCGUUCUACCAGUCAGUGACAGGGACAGUGUUUCCUCCCACACCAGGGACAACACCACCUGAAGUAGUGGAGAAUGGCCACGGAGAUGGUUUGGCUUCAGAAUCUCCAGUCGAACCCCACACAGAGUUUGUACAUUCAGCGCUGGACACAUAUGUGAUCGGGGAGGACCACAAGUGUUAUGCCACAAGAGAGGGACCCUACCAGAUCUAUGUGCUGUUCUCCAAAGAUGUGCCAAAAUAUGCUCUCAGAUCAAUAUCCAUGACAACAUUAACAGCCCUCACUAAGGACAAGUUGUUCUAGUUGAAGGACCUUUGUGGGGGCGAUAGAAUACAACGUACUACUUCAAAGGCAGCUAAUAUGUAUUCUUGUCUAAUUGUGACCAAUCGUAUACAUGCACAUGUAAUCUGAAAUAAUCUAUGGAAGAUGCAGAGACCCUUCUUCAAGUCCCAUCCGGCUCUGGGUAGAUCAGUUGAGGUUUCUACCAAAGCACAACCCAGUCAAGUUACAGAACUGCAACAGUUUUCAAAGCAGAUGUUAAUAUCCCAUCAGAAACAAUGCCAUCAUUAUCCAGUAGUUUUGAUACCAGUAGUCGAAUGAACCAGUUGUAUUAAAUUUGCUUGGCCACAGCAAAGCCAAAAAGCCCUGCUUUUUGUUACUGAAUAAUCUUUUGGGGCUAAGAAAAUGAUUAUUCUGUUGUAAAAUUAAGCCAUAAGACUGUAUUGGAUGUGAUUCUAGUCAAGCUACAAUAUCCUUUACAUUCUACUGUAACGGUUACCUCAAAAUCUUGUUUUUUUUUUCUUGUACUAUGUUAAUUCUUACAUUUUCCUAUUGAAUCUCUUGGCAUUCAUUUCGUUACAUGUAUGUUAUUGUUGAGGUACUUUCUGUUUUAUAUACGUGUAGAUGAAUUAUUUAUAUUCCAAACUUCUCAUGUAUCUGACAAUCAGCAAAAUUCUCGGUCAGUAAUUGUUCGUUAUAAACACAAAUUGUUGUCAAGGUCAAAUGACAAGUGUGCAAAAUUAGAUAAAAGUGAGUUAUUCC